AUGAAUCAGAGAUACGCAAAAGAAGCGAAAGGAAAUUUGAAUCGCAAACGCUUUCCGAAAUCUGUUGUUAUUGCCCAUGCGCGAACAAACUCUGCGAGUUCAACGCCGCGCUCGUCGCCAAACAAUUCGCCGAUGCUGAUUGACGGGAGGAGCCGCGAUGGAUCACCAUGCAACUCUCCGCGCCACAAUCCAUCGAUUCGCAGCGUCAUUUCCGUCACCAACAAAGAUUCAAGCUCAGGAAGAGGCGUAAAGAGAAAAUCAACGGAUCUGGACCAGCCGCGGAAAAGGGAGAAAAGCUCCAAAUCAUCGAAAAAGAAAUCGAAAGAAAAAUCGAGCAAGAAGAGCAGCAGUUUUCAUAACUCAAAUAGUUCAAAAAGCGAGAGUAGAAAUGGCCGUAGUGGCGGGUCGGAUUCGAAGAGCCACAAAAUGCUCAAAGAGAUUAAGAGGGAAAUUAACAUGGACUCGCCGAGCAGUAGUAGAUCUCCUUUGUCGAAUAUUUCUCAGCUCGCUGAGCCAGAACACUACACCGACAACGAGUCAGAGCCAGAUCAGCUGCCAUCGCCACCCGGAAAACCGGCAAAAGCCGCCGCUCCCAGUCGUCCCGUCCAUCAAAAGCCGAUUCCCGAAGCGCUCCAAAAACUUAUCCCCCUUUCAUCCCUGACCACUCUUACACCGUUUCAAAUGGCGAAUCCAGAUCAAUCGAAGAUUUUCGGAAAACCGGUUGAUUCCAACGCCGAUUCGAACACUCGACAGAAAAUUGACUUUCACACCCUCGCCACGGGAAAGUCCGGUUUGUUGACAAACGAGUUUGAGUCGAACGGACAUGCGGGAGAAAAUGGAAUGGAUGGAAAUUAUACGUCAGACUCGCUUGAUUCUCUCAGCGAUCUCGAACACAUCCCCGAAGACGAUCUCCAGCGCUUGAGCCUGACCUUCCUUAACCGCUACGCUGCCGGCGACCAACAAUGGUGCGAAGACUACCCGGAGCACGGGAUGCCUUGUCGCAAGUGCGGCCAGAAAGGACACACGGUCAUCAACUGCACAAGUCCGCCCAGUGAAAAAUGCGUCCUAUGCGGCGCAUACGAUCAUCAUCAUAAUUACUGCCCAGAUACGUGCGAAUUGGAGUACAAGAACUUCGUCAUUCCUUGCUUUCAUUGUAGACAAGCUGGGCAUCUAGGGCGCAACUGUCCAGAUCACUGGCGUCAAUUCCACCGGACGACCAGUUCCAAAUUCACCCCGUUCGAUAACAGCGCGAAUGCGAAAGUGCCGUCGUGCUACAACUGCGCAGGGCAGCAUUACGGGCACGAGUGCACGCGCGAACGCAUCAGCACGCACGGGCCCGUCCUCAAACCCACCGUUACCAAGCGCCUCACCGAGCACCAAUCACAGAUCUUUGACGAGAGCGGCAAGAUCAAACGCGAAACAAGGAGGAGAUCUAAUAAUAAGAGAAAGAACAUUUAA